CACCUAAAACCGAAGGUGAAAGCUCGAAGCAUUUAGGUGUUGUCACAAUAGGAAAACUCAAAUUUCGCUAUCUUCCAGGAAGUGCACUGCUUUUAUAAGCCUUAAUGUGUCGUCCAUUUUUCUGUCCACCUAGCUUUCCCCAUCCUUCUUCUGCUUUGUCAUAAUUAACCGCGCUAAAAUUUCGAAAUAACCCAAACUACUAAAAAAGCGUUGUUUAAAGACACAAAUUUGUUUCUUUUUUUAAACUCCGUUACGAGAUUUUAUGUUUUUUUUGUUCGAUUUCAUUUGCGUAUUAACACAUUUUUUUCCAACUUCCCAUGUUAGCGUCGCCUACGUUUGACUGUACGCUGCUACUGUUGUUGUAUCUAAUGGAUGCUGGUAGUCGACUUCAUUGAAAGCUAUUACGAACUUAUACGAAUAAGAUGAAAACGCGUAGAAAACAGUGAGACGACUUUUGUAGCAGAGGCGACAGCGCUGAUCCAAUCUUUAGAUGCAGAAGGGACAUAGAAGAAGCCGCUGGCAUUAGCAUCAGUCGUAGCGACGUUGGAUUCACGUGCUAUCGUGAAGACAGUUCUGCCAGUCUUGAAGAAACAAGUAUCUAUGGCGCGACAUCAUAACGUAACGGACGAGAUAACAGCAACGGCGAAAGCAGCAGCAGCAGCAGGAAGAGAGGAUCAUGAUGCUUACCCAGGGUGGACCUGGGCGAGGAAGACACGUGACAAGUGGGAACGUUUUGCCAGUGAGAAACCAUGGGUCGCGACACAGCGAGCUUGCACGACCGCUUGUGCGCUCUUUGGCCGAUGAGCAAGUUGGCCGAACGUGUUGUUAAGCCCGUAGCGAGACUGUGCAGAAGUAGCAGUAGUAAAUUGAUGUAAUAUGAGGAAGAUUGGAGCCGUCGAACGAAAACUGAAAGCGGUCUUUCCUGUUAGGGCUAUCAGCCACGGUGCGUUUGCCAUAGCGAGGGAAAGGCCGAACAAGAAGCAGAAAAUCCCGUUGGAAGAUGACAAACAGCAAGAAAUACAAACGAAGCUCAAAGCUUGCUAGGAAUCCCCUUUUCGCUCUGUCGAUCGAUGAUGCGUUAGAAAUUAGUAAUAACUGGCUCCAAACAUAAUUUCUACUCGACUUUAUACUAUACGGCGACGCCUAUAGAGUGACUGAAUUUUACAGUUGAUGUUCGUCGGAUUGCACUGGGAUCUGGCCAAGAUGCGGGCAGUGUCUGCGGCAUCGUUCGGGCUGACGAUACUGUGUUUCGGUGCCCUGGCGGUCGACGACUACCACGAGUCUUUGGGGUCUCGAUGUGCUGUGAGUGAUCAAGAUAGAGAGUGCAUAGUAGAAACAGAGCAAGUAGUAUUGCAAAGCAAGCAGGAUCCUUGCAACGAAGUUGUUCGAUACCGUGGCCAUCGAUUACUUCGGAUGAAGAUCGGUUCCGAACAGCAGCUACAGAAGUUACUCGCACUCUGGCAGAUGUGGUCGGAACGGGCUGAUGGAUCGAGAUCUGUCGAUUUCUGGGAUGAACCGCGUCUGACUGGACAAGAGAUCACUAUACGUAUUGCACCGGCCACGUUGAAGACAAUCACUAAAACGUUACGCUCUGCGAAUAUCACCUUCUCAACACUAACCAACGACUUACAAACAUGGAUCGAUAAAGAAGCCAGGGAGAAUAUCGCAGAUGAGGAUGGAUUGGGAGCUCGCGAUGGGACCUUUCAGCUCGGCAUGUACCACACUCUAAAGGAGAUCAAUGAAUCCCUUGUAAUGCUUCAUCAGAAACAUUCUAAUAAUACAAAAUUGCUUGUCUUGGGAGAUACAUCAGAGGGGCGUUUGAUCACAGGCAUUCGGAUCGGAACGGGUUCGGCUGAUCGUCCAGCGAUUUUCGUCGAUGGCGGUAUGCAUGCCAGAGAAUGGAUCUCUCCCGCAACCAUUAUGUAUCUGACGCAUCGACUUCUCGAAGAUCAAGCGGAUAAGCCAAGCACCGAAGGAAUGACCGACAAGAUCGACUGGUACAUCUUUCCUGUGAUCAACCCUGAUGGAUAUGAAUAUUCUUGGAAUUCGAAUCGACUAUGGAGGAAAAACAGAAGGAAAACAAUGCGCUUCACUCGCUUCUGUCGAGGUGUUGACCCCAAUCGAAACUUCGGAGUUCAAUUUGGCAAACGAGGCUCAAGUGCUAAUCCGUGCGCAGAGAAUUACGGUGGUACAUCAGCCUUCUCUGAGAAGGAGUCACAGGCUGUGAGAAAUGGUGUGACACGUCUCAGAGACCGUCUGAUCGUUUACUUGAACGUUCACUCGUAUUCCCAGGUUGUCAUGUCACCGUACGGGUACACAAAAGUAAAGCCAGAAUCCUUCGACGAACAGGCAGCUGCGAUGAUGGCAUUUGUUGACGGACUUAAAACACAGUUUAAUGCCACUUUCCGUUACGGAACCGCAGCCAACACGAUGUAUCACACGUCUGGUGCUGCCAUCGACUGGGUACACGACUCAGCUAAGGUCAAGUAUGCAAUGGUUAUAGAGCUUAGGGACAAAGGCCAAUUUGGUUUCAUUUUGCCUAACGAAUUCAUCAUCCCAUCUGGCAUGGAACUGGUGCAGGGCUUCCGCCAUCUUAUUGACCACCUCGAAAGACGGGGCGAGGUAGCUGUCAAACACGUCACCGAUACGGCGGCUUGGUAGCGAUGAAUAAGGCAGCUGACGAUUUAGGACCGGGCAACAACGGAACACUAGAGAAUCCCGUCAGACCCAGUGAUCGGACGGUGUGGAAUAGACGCGUAUGACGACGAAAUGGGCAAAUUUUGAAAAUUGACUUUAAAAAUUGAAUUUAUGGCUUGCAGUGGUUAGUUAUCCGCUUUGUAAACCUACUUUUAACAGGAUCUUUAUAUAGAGAAUGGGCAUAAUGUACAUCAUACGACCUGGUUUGUAUAUAGCACAUAGCAUGUACGUGCGUGAAAAAAUCAUUAAUAUACCGUAUCUGUGCUCGUUGGUUACUGCAUCUUGUAGUGAUUUUAUGAAACCUACAUUGUAGACUCGACUUCUGAGUUCUGGAAAUACUUGUUUAUCACUGUAAGCUGUUUCUUUUUUAACAGCAGGCCUCUUUAUGACGGCAUAAUAUUAUGCUGCAUCUUCACUCCUACCUCACUUAGUGUUGCGCAACUUCUUCAUUCCGCUGCGGUCCGUUAACAGUCGCUUUCUAGAAAUAACAUGUUUUUUUUUGUUGUCACUUUACCUGACUGAUCAUGUCUGAGAUUAGUUAUUUUUGGGUCGUCAAAUACGUUCUACUUUAAAUCAAGUGGCAUAAAAUAGGAGUUUGUUCUUUUUCGUAGCAUCCCGUGUAAAUUUCCUAUUAUUCGUUGUUUUCAUUCGCUUAUAGAAGCUUUUUCUUAAUUGAUUAAACCUAUUAUGUUUAAACAAUAAACCUAGCAAAUUCUUU